AUGUUGGAGCUUCCCCCAGAUACCAGAAAAGGCUUUUUAUAUCUGGUCGAUAGAGAAGUCUUCUCCAAGUUCAAGGGAUAUGUAGAUCUUGACUUCCUGUAUGAAGAAGACCAUGGUGAAGUAAAAGUAGCCUCUGUCAGUGUAUUAGAAGAUAGUUUUAUGUGGUCUGAGGGAAAUGAGGAGAAGUCUGCUCUCCCAAGUGAAUUUAGAUGUUCCCAUGGAAACGAGAUAACUCAUAAAUCAUUGAAUCUUCUUCCCCAGGAGGGAUGGGAAGAGUUGAUAGACUGCUGGUCAUGCCACAACUGCGAGUUCAGAACCAUGCUAGAUCUCAAACUUCGGCCUAGAGAAGGGGGUCUGCUUCUUUCCGAUUUCUUUUUCCUUGUAAAUGAUCGAGAUCUCCCAGAAUGCUGUAGAAAAAAUGAUUCUUCUGUAAGAAAGCUGUUCUACAACGAAAUUGAGCAAGAGGAAUUCACCCACAGAGCUCUAAUCUACUCAUAUAUGAACCUUCAUUUUCGAAACAAGAAUGUUCUUUUACUUGAAGUAAACGAAAAGAAAUACGAGAUUAGGUACUUUUAUAAGACAAUGUUGGUAUCUGCAAAUGGGAAGAGUUUGGAGAAAAAGGAGGCAAUGAAGGUAGGAAUCAAAGAAACGGACAAGCUUCUGGAAGAAAAUAAGAACAUAAACAAUUUCUAUUCUAAGCUUAUAUGGGAUGCAGUAACAUUAGGCGCAGUUGGAAUAACUGCCCUAGGAUAUGGAAUUUCAUUUGUAACAGAAAAGUAA